CCGGGCGCUGCCGCCGCGGUCGGGAGAUGAUGGUUCGGGCCUAGCGGAGCGGGGACUGGAGCAACAUGAACCGUGAAGACCGGAAUGUGCUGCGCAUGAAAGAAAGGGAAAGGCGGAAUCAGGAAAUUCAGCAGGGUGAAGACGCCUUCCCGCCUAGCUCUCCUCUGUUUGCUGAGCCAUAUAAAGUUACUAGCAAAGAAGAUAAGUUAUCAAGUCGUAUUCAGAGUAUGCUUGGAAACUACGAUGAAAUGAAGGAUUACAUAGGAGACAGAUCUAUACCAAAGCUUGUUGCAAUUCCCAAGCCUGCAGUACCAACGACAACAGAUGAGAAAGCAAACCCAAAUUUUUUUGAACAGAGACAUGGAGGAUCUCAUCAGAGUAACAAAUGGACUCCUGUAGGACCUGCACCCAGCACUUCUCAGUCUCAGAAACGGUCCUCUGGCUUGCAGAGUGGACACAGUAGCCAGCGGACCAGUGCAGGUGGUAGUGGCACCAGUAGUAGUGGCCAGAGACAUGACCGCGACUCAUACAGCAGUAGCCGGAAGAAAGGCCAGCAUGGGUCAGAGCACUCCAAGUCACGAUCCUCAAGCCCUGGAAAACCCCAGGCUGUUUCUUCCUUAAGUUCUAGUCAUUCCAGGUCUCAUGGGAAUGAUCACCAUAGCAAGGAACAUCAGCGCUCCAAAUCACCUCGGGACCCUGAUGCCAACUGGGAUUCUCCUUCCCGUAUCCCUUUUUCAAGUGGGCAGCAUUCAAAUCAGUCUUUCCCACCUUCUUUGAUGUCAAAAUCUAGUUCAAUGCUACAGAAACCCACUGCCUAUGUGCGGCCCAUGGACGGACAGGAGUCUGUGGAACCAAAGCUGUCCUCUGAGCACUACAGCAGCCAGUCACAUGGCACCAAUGUGACCGAGCUGAAGCCCAGCAGCAAAGCACAUCUCACCAAGCUGAAAAUACCUUCUCGGCCUGUGGAUGCAUCAGUUUCUGGUGAUGUAAGCUGUGUGGAUGAAAUACUUAAAGAGAUGACGCACUCAUGGCCUCCCCCUCUGACGGCUAUUCACACGCCCUGCAAAACAGAGCCCUCCAAAUUCCCUUUUCCAGCCAAGGAGUCACAGCAGUCUAACUUCGGCCCUGGAGAACAAAAAAGAUACAAUGCUUCUGCUAAAACAUCAAAUGGGCACCAGUCAAAAUCUAUGCUAAAAGAUGACUUAAAACUAAGCAGCAGUGAAGACAGUGAUGGGGAACAGGAUUGUGAUAAGACAAUGCCAAGGAGUACACCAGGAAGUAACUCUGGACCAUCUCAUCACAAUAGCGAGGGGGCAGACAACUCCAGGGACGGCUCGAGCAGCCCCAGCGGGUCCGAGAGCAGCUCUGGCUCCGACUCAGACAGUGAAAGCAGCUCCAGUGAGGACAGCGAGGCGAAUGAGCCGUCACAGAACGCCUCUCCGGAGCCUGAACCACCACCGACAAACAAGUGGCAACUUGACAACUGGCUGAACAAAGUGAACCCACAUAAAGUGUCCCCAGCCUCUUCUGUGGACAGCAAUGUCCCAUCAUCUCAAGCCUACAGAAAGGAAGGCCGAGAACAGGGUGCUGGGGGUAACUACACUGAUCCUGGAGGACCAAAAGAAACAAGUUCUGCUACUCCAGGACGAGACUCUAAAACCAUCCAAAAAGGAUCAGAAAGUGGACGCGGGAGGCAAAAGUCUCCUGCACAGAGUGACAGCACCACACAGAGGAGAACUGUAGGCAAAAAACAACCCAAAAAGGCUGAGAAGUCAGCUGCUGAAGAGCCCCGUGGAGGCCUGAAGAUAGAAAGUGAAACCCCUGUAGAUAUGGCCACCAGCAUGCCCUCCAGCAGGCACAAAGCAGCCACCAAGGGCUCAAGGAAACCCAACAUCAAAAAGGAGUCAAAACCCUCUCCUCGACCUACAGCAGAGAAGAAGAAAUACAAGUCAUCGAGUAAAUCCUCCCAGAAAUCUAGGGAAAUCAUAGAAACAGAUACCUCGUCCUCAGAUUCCGAUGAAAGUGAGAGCCCCCCUCCUUCCUCACAGACUCCUAAGUACCCCGAAAGCAAUAGGACUCCUGUUAAGCCCUCCUCCGUGGAGGAAGAAGAUAGCUUUUUUCGGCAACGAAUGUUCUCUCCUAUGGAAGAGAAGGAGCUCCUUUCCCCACUCAGUGAGCCCGAUGACAGGUAUCCACUUAUUGUGAAGAUUGACCUGAAUCUCUUGACUAGAGUACCAGGAAAGCCUUACAAAGAAACAGAACCACCCAAAGGGGAAAAGAAAAGUGUGCCAGAAAAACACGGGAGAGAGGUACAGAAGCAAACCUCAGAAAAGGCUUCCAACAAAGGCAAGAGGAAACACAAGAAUGAUGAUGAUAACCGAGCCAGCGAGAGCAAAAAACCCAAAAUGGAGGAUAAGAACUCAUCAGGCCACAAGCCACCCAGCAACAGAGAGUCAUCUAAGCAGAGUGGUACAAAAGAAAAGGACUUGUUGCCUUCACCUGCUGGGCCUGUUCCUUCAAAAGAUUCAAAACCAGAGCAUGGUUCUCGGAAGAGGACUGUCAGUCAGUCAUCUUCCUUAAAAUCCAGCAGUGCCAACAACAAGGAGAAUACUGGCAGCAGCAGGAAUAGCGCCUCCACUCCAAAGCAGAAGAAGACUGAAGGGAAGGUCUCCAGCAGCUCCAGAGAGGCCAAGGAAAAGGCUCCAAAUAGCUCUUCUAAUUGUCCUCCAUCUACACCAACUCCUGAUUCUUCGAAGCCUCGGAGAACAAAGCUUGCCUUUGAUGACAGAAAUUAUUCAGCAGACCAUUAUUUACAAGAAGCAAAAAAACUCAAACACAAUGCAGAUGCUUUGUCUGAUAGGUUUGAGAAAGCAGUGUAUUACCUUGAUGCUGUAGUGUCUUUCAUUGAGUGUGGGAAUGCAUUAGAGAAGAACGCUCAGGAAUCCAAGUCCCCGUUCCCAAUGUACUCAGACACGGUGGAGCUCAUCAAAUACACUAUGAAACUAAAGAAUUAUUUGGCACCAGAUGCUACAGCUGCAGACAAAAGACUCACAGUACUCUGCCUGAGAUGUCAGUCAUUGCUGUACCUGAGGCUGUUCAAACUGAAGAAGGAGAAUGCUCUGAAGUACUCCAAGACACUGACUGAGCACCUGAAGAAUUCUUACAGUAAUUCUCAAGCACCUUCACCUGGCUUGGGGAGCAAAGCUGUUGGGAUGCCUUCCCCUGUUUCUCCAAAGCUGUCACCAGGCAAUUCUGGAAGUUAUUCUUCUGGGGGCAGUAGUGCUUCAGCAGGUGGUUCUUCAGUGACCAUUCCACAGAAGAUCCACCAGAUGGCAGCAAGCUAUGUCCAGGUUACAUCUAACUUCCUCUAUGCCACUGAAAUUUGGGACCAAGCUGAACAGCUUUCCAAAGAACAAAAAGAAUUCUUUGCUGAACUGGACAAAGUCAUGGGCCCUCUCAUCUUUAACGCAAGCAUCAUGACAGAUCUGGCUCGUUACACCCGGCAGGGACUGCAUUGGCUUCGGCAGGAUGCCAAGUUGAUAUCUUGAACUGAACAUAUUCUCGUUGCCUCUGAUUUUUUCCACAACACUGUGUCACAUCACAAAGGAAAACUGCCAUAACACACCACCUAGUCGACACUAAGAAUGAGGAAUGGUUUUCUCCUUUUCGGUUUAUAUUAUUGUCUCUUAUAACCCAAAGCCAUCAUAUCAAUUGACCCUUUCAAUAUUCCCAAUGUGACAAGUAUUUAAAUGCUUCUAAACCUGCAGUACAUCAGCAAGAUGGUUUCAGUAAUUGGAAUUCCAGUUAGAAUUCAUAAAUAAUCAAGUAAAAUUCUAUUUAUUUUCGUUUUUUUUCAAGUUCCCAGAUUGGAGCUUGUUUAAAGCUUAAUUAUUCCUGCCUAUAAAUUUAUUCUGUUGAAUAUUUAGCAUAAGUUUAAUGUAGGCAUUUUAUUUAUAUAUUUGGGGAGUUGUGUUACUUAAUGUCUUCUAAGAUAAGAGUUGGCUUGUCCAAGACAGGACAUGUUCUUUCUACAGCUAAUUACCUGAUGUUAUUUCUAGUCUUACUACACUUUUACUACUGUAGGACUUACGCUCGGUGUUAAGGAUGCUCUUCCACCUGGGAAAAGUCACUUAAAUAUGAGUGGCAUUCUACAUGGGUGCAAAAAUGAAGUGGGUCUGGUUUGAUAUGCAUUAUUUCAAAACUGUGAAUGUGUGUUAGGAACACUAGCAAUCACAAGGUGACUACAGUGCAUCUAAUGCAUUACAGAAAAGCAGAUAGACUUGCUGGGGAAGCACAUCAUACUGAAUGGCUUCACAAAGGACAAUCUAACUGUGGGUUUAUUAAAACCUUGUAUUCUUUUUUUGUUUUGUUUUGUUUUAUACUCAUUUGACACUUAAUUGAAGCAGAGUAAGUUACUCCUAAAAACAAACAGAAAACGGUGAUCCAGUUUCUGAAGGUUGUAGCCUGUUUCAUUGGUAAUGGUUGAAGGUUGAAGUCUGCAGAUCUCCCCUAUGGUGGAGAGAUUAUGAUGCUCAGAUAUGACCAUGCAGUAACUGGAGCUCGGAAGGAGGUAUCCCAAUGUCUAAUGUAGAGAUGAUGAAUUACUCUUUCCGAAGAUCCUCAUCAAUGAUGUAUGCUUCUGACUGGAUCUGAAAACUCACACUAGCAGCUGGGCAUGGUUGUGCAUGCCUGUAAUCCCAGCACUGGGCAUUGGUGA